AUGGCUCAGCCCUCUCUAACAAGCCUGCCUCCAGAACUCCAUUGUAACAUGCUUCUCCACAACCCCAGUCCAUCCUCCAAACAUCUGACAAAAGAAGGGAAGCUCCUUGAGAGCCUCUCUGCCUCCCCAGCACUUAGCUUAGAGCCUGGCCAACACUGGACACUGAGUGAAGGUUUCAUCGUUGAUUGGACAAGAGGAGCACGUGCUGUCAUGCAUGUUUGUUCAUCUUCCUUUUCUGGUAACACAGGAUGGACCUUGUUAUUGAGUGAUGAUGAACAAGAAAGCACAGAAAGGUGUUUCUGCUGCCCUUGUCUUCCCCAGACAGUCUCCCCAUCUCAGCCCCUUGAGGCCCUCAAAGAGGAAACCCUAUGCACUCUUAUCAGGCCUACACUCUCUGCUGUCCCAAGUCCUCUGGUCAACUAUGGAGGAAAUGUGACCCUCAAGUGCCAGGGCCAAGUGGGCAGUGACAGAUUCCAACUAUGGAAGGAUGGAGAGCUCAUAGAGGACAGAAAUGUAUCCCACAGUCUGGAAUGGUUCUUGCUCAAGAAUGUGGAUGAAAUGAAUUUUAAGGGAAGCUACAGCUGCCGCUACAGGCUGGGGACCUCGUGGUCAGAGUCCAGUAAACCCCUCUUCCUGUAUAUGGAUGGACUACUCCCUAAACCCACUCUGUGGGCCCAGCCUGCCCUAGUCGUGGCACCAGGAACCAACAUCACUCUCUGGUGCUCAAGACCCAGGCUCUCUUCUGUUAAAGAAUGGAGGUUCACACUGUGGAAGGUUGAAAAGCAUCAUCCCCUACAGAAGCAUUUCUCAGCAGAGUCCCAGACUGGCUUCCUCCUCUCUUCUGUGAGCCCGGAGGAUACUGGGAGCUACAGUUGUACUUAUAUGGAACCAAAUUCCUCUGAUGGAAUAUCAAUGAUGAGUGAUGCCCUAGAGUUGCUGGUGCCAGAUGUAUUCCCCAAGGCUUCCCUCUCAGUCUGGCCUGGACCAGAGGUGGCCUCAGGAACCAACGUGACCCUCCUGUGUAAGGGGCCCUCUUGGAGUACUAAGUUUCUUCUGCACAAGGAGGGAGAUGAGGAAAUCCUGCACAGCACAGAUAUCAUUCAGGAUGGAGCCCAGUUUUUCUUGCCUCAUGUGACUACCAAGCACUCUGGCAUUUAUACAUGCAGCUACCAGCCCAGCACCAAUGGCAGUCUCUGGAUACAGCACAGUGAUCCUGUGGAGCUAACUGUGAGAGUGCCCAGAAUCAUCCUCAUCAUCACCCUCAGCUUUGUCUCCAUCUUCCCCCUCUGUAUUGCCCUGUUGGCAUUCCUCUACCGUUCAUCUAUUCCUAUGGGAGCCUUUCUGGGAAACAGACCUAGGAGGUGCCUCUGCUGCCCUUGUCUUCCCCAGACAGUCUCCCCAUCUCAGCCCAUUGAUGCCCCCAGAGAGGAAACCCCAUAUGCAGAAGUGGCCAACAAGAGACCAAGGGAAAGAUUGGUCACCACGACUAAAGAUGCCCAAGGAGUGACGUAUACUCAGCUGAACAUAAGAACCCUAAAAAAGGAACAGAUUCCAAGAAGAAACCUAUAGAGUCCAGAGUCUAUGCCACUGUGUAAUUGGAGUGAGGUUUUGGGUACCUUUCAUGAAGAAAUUCUCUCCUCUCUUCUUCUCCUCUAGCUCACUCCUAUUGCCUUGCAUACCAUCCCAGGUUCCCAUCACUGAGAAGCCAUGAGGACUAUUAGGGAUAUUUACUGGGGUUGUGCAAUGUAAAGAUAAUUUUAGUAUUGUGACUUAAAAUCCAAAUUGAAUUGGUCACCAGGGAAAAUCCCAAAUAAUAAAAUACCCAAGUCAGCUGGAAAUUUAUGGUGAUUUAAUUGAUAUAGUGGAAAGAGAUUAAGAAGAAGGAAGAAGGAAAGGGAGUAGGAUAUCUCCAGCCUGGCUAGUGCCAGA